AUGUGCCAUCUUUUUCCAGUAAUUGUUUUGGCAAUUAUCGUCAAUUCUCAUUUUGUUGCUGCUACUUCAAAAACUACUCAACAAAAUUUACUUAAAAUUGCUGCCGCCAAUGACGACUUUGGUUACCAGUUGCUGCAUCAACUUGAGUUAAAAGAACGCUCAAAUCGAGGUGCCAAUGGUGACCCUGAAAAUCUGUUCAUCUCUCCCUUCAGCAUUAGCACCGUCUUAACGAUGGUUUUAGCCGGUGCCAAUGAAGACACUUUUGAGCAGAUCAAAAGUACACUUGGAUUCAAUACCGACAUGACUGAGAGUCAGCUGUACACUUCUUUCAGAGUUCUCCUCCGCCAGCUAAACAAUUUUUCCAGCAAUGCGAAUAACACCCUAGAGCUGGCUAAUGCAAUUGCACUGCAGAGCGAGUACUCCCUUCUGCCCAGCUAUUUGCGCAUCGUAAAGAACCGCUUGAAAGCUAAAAUUUUUACAGUCAACUUUCAAAAGGAAGGCAAGGGCAAAAUUGAUACAAUUUUAAAGGAAAAUCCAACCGACGACACCCGAAUGGUACUUCUCAAUGCACUGUACUUUAAAGGCACUUGGGAACAUUCUUUUAGCAAAAAAUUUACAAAGGAUAGGAAGUUCAUUUAUGGCAAAGAUAAAGAAGUCAAAGUUCCGAUGAUGUGGCAAUCCUUUGAAAAAAUCAAGUACGCUAGCCUUAAUGAAG